GAAACGUUUUCAGGAUUUGCGUCUUUUUCCUCCACAGUGUGUCACAUGCAGACACACACAUGAUCCGAGCGUGUACCUGCAGGCUGUGAGGAGUGUGUGUGUGUGCGUGUGUGUGCGUUCAGAUCCUCCACUGAACACGCCCUGAUAGGAAAAGGUAGAAUCACACACACACAGACACACACACCACACCGAGCCCCUGAUCAGUGAGGAGCGGAGCCGCUUCACCUGAACGCAGCAGCCCCGAUGCUCCCACGCAGGCUCCCGCCAGCACCGCCAAUGAAACCAGUCCACUUCCACGCACUCUGGAGUUUAACGUCGCGUGCAGCUCGGAGCACCUGGACGCUGCAGCAGGAGUAAAGCUGGUUGUGUCGGAGGAGCGUUCAAAUCCACCCGGCUGAGGCUGAGCACCAUGAGCAGGAAGACACGGCGCUGGAUUUUCCAUUUUUUCCUCUGCCUUGGAAUAGUGUAUCUGAAAAUCGGGGGUCUGUCGACGGUGGUCGCGCUGGGAGCGAGCAUCAUCUGCAAUAAAAUCCCCGGCUUGGCCCCCCGUCAGAGGACGAUCUGCCAGAGCCGACCCGACGCCAUCAUCGUUAUCGGGGAGGGAGUUCAGAUGGGGAUCAAUGAGUGUCAGUUCCAGUUCAGACACGGACGCUGGAACUGUUCGGCCCUUGGAGAGAGAACCGUGUUCGGGAAAGAGCUCAAAGUGGGCAGCAAGGAGGCUGCAUUCACCUACGCUAUCAUAGCCGCCGGGGUCGCCCAUGCAGUGACCGCGGCCUGCACCCAGGGGAGCCUGAGCGGAUGCGGCUGCGACAAGGACAAGCAGGGCUUCUACAACCAGGAGGAGGGCUGGAAAUGGGGCGGCUGCUCCGCGGACGUCCACUACGGUCUGGGUUUCUCUAAGGUGUUUGUGGACGCGCGGGAGAUCAAGCAGAACGCCAGGACUCUCAUGAAUUUACACAACAAUGAAGUAGGACGCAAGGUUCUGGAGAAGGGGAUGCGUCUGGAGUGCAAGUGUCAUGGUGUUUCUGGAUCCUGCACCACCAAGACGUGCUGGACGACGCUCCCCAAGUUCCGCCAGCUGGGAUACAUUCUCAAGGACAAGUACAACCAGGCUGUACACGUGGAACCGGUGCGAGCCAGCCGCAACAAGCGCCCCACCUUCCUGAAGAUCAAAAAGCCACACUCCUACCGCAAGCCCAUGGACUCGGACCUGGUGUACAUCGAGAGGUCGCCCAACUAUUGCGAGGCCGACACCCUGACUGGCAGCAUGGGAACGCAGGGCCGACUGUGCAACAAAACAGCUCAGCAGCCCAACAGCUGCGACCUGAUGUGCUGCGGUCGGGGAUAUAACACGCACCAGUACUCACGCGUUUGGCAGUGCAAUUGCAAGUUCCUGUGGUGCUGCUACGUCAAGUGCAACACCUGCAGCGAGAGGACAGAGGUGUACACGUGUAAAUAGAGAUAUUUAUUGGACCCUUAUUUAGACGCACAGCAAGACUGGACUGUGUACGAGUGUUAAUGUGAUUCACGACGUGGCUGUGGAGGGAUCGCCUUACUGAGUUGGCAUGACAGCAAUCACAACUGGUUCAUCCAAUUUGUGUUUAUUAUAAUGAUGCCAAUGGACAUCUGCCAAGACACUGGACUCAACCUGUAGGCUCGUAAAUGUUAUUUUUAUGUUUUAAUGCUGCAUGCUUAUUUUCUCUGCGGGACAUUCUGGUCUACUGGCAUGACUCACCUCACACCAUAAGAGUUUUUUUUGUUGACUAAUAAUUUAUUGAAUGAGAAAACUACUGAUCAUUUUGAAAAGUCACUGUCAGUUAAAUCCGGUAAAGUCAUAAGCUGGCAAAGAUGCCUGGUUUUCAUAUCAAGUGCACUUAAAAGCUUAAAGGACUUUUUUUUCCCCCCUUUUUUACAAGACAAUUUAAACACUGGAGCUGAAAACUGAAACAGGAGUGAAUGGCACAUUUAGGACCCUGCAGCUCUUUUGCAUUAAGUCCAGCAGAAGAACAGUAAACUACUGAUCCUGGGCUUGGUAUGAUAGUAUUGUUUUCUACUUGUUUCUGUCCCACUUCCCCUCCAUUUUGCUGCUAGUUGUCUGGAAAGUUCUGGAGUUUGUGAACCGAGCAGCCAUAUUGACUCUUCAAGCUAUCCGCCAGGAGCAAACGCAAGCUUCCAGACAGAAAUUGCCCUUAAUGUUGGUUGAUAGAAUAUAUUUUGUAAGAGAUUAUUUUUAUAUAAAUAUGUUUUUUAAUUUAUUUUCUAUCUCUGUGUAAGAUAUUUUUCCCUCUAGCAUUUCUAGCGGUGCAGUUACUGAGUUUAGCGAAAGGAAACGACCCAUUGAAACACUGGUUUUAAAAAAAAUGUGUCCUUUUUUUCCGCAGCAAAAUAUCAUAAUGUUACACUGAAAUGUGCGGUAUUGUUCAGGAAAACUCUUUUAGAGAGCCGAAGUCCUAAUGUCACCUCAAGGCUAGCUGCUGUUCCAUUAGCUUCUAUAAGUCCAUGCUACCUCUGGUAGAAAGGUUUUUCUGUCUUUUAAAAAAAAUAAAACAUGUUUUUGGAGUUUAAUAUUCAUAUUCUGGUAUAAGUUCAUGCAUUAAUUAUGAGAAUUUCAACUCAUGUUAGCUAGCUAAGCAAAUUGCACAACAAUCAUACAUGCUAAAAUUAGCUUCUAUGAUUUUUAAAGCAUGAUACACUUGUGGCAGAAAUUAGAGUAACACCAUACCUGUCAAGAAUCCCAUUUUUCAUGAGAUUCUUUCUUAUUUCACCCUCUCCAGCUGUUCUGCCUUUUAAAUAUUCUCCCAUUAUUGUCACAUACUUUAACCUUUCCUAAAAAUAUUUGGGGGUGAAGCCCAUUGAUGGUUGGUAUAACCACCUGCUCAUGUGUUGCAUUUUACUACAUAAGCUGUAUAGGAAUCAUAGACUGUAUUUAAAAGAUGAUGUAGCCUCUGGGUUAAAUAAAUGAAACCAACUGCCUUAAAACUGCAUUCUUUAUAGCAGCCAGCAGGGGAGUGGAAAAAGUCUUGUGAUUGUAUAGAAGACUAUGAGACAAUGAACAAAUUUCUCAUUUGACUUGUUAUCUCAGCAAACAUGUUCCCAAAUAGUUUAUGGUCUUAAUCCAUGGUUUAAAGUCUGCUUUAAUACAACACGGUAUUCAUUUAGUACACUAUAGUCUCAUUUAGAGUAAAAUAGACGAUAAAGCCAAGUAUGUUGCAGGGAGGGGCUACUGCUGAAGGUUCUUAGUUAAGUUAUUAUUGCCAAGGCCAAUACCCUAUCUCGCAGUUUCAAGAAAGCAAUCCAGACCACAUCAAAGUUUAAAUUUGUUCCACCAAAUUUCAUGAAAUACUGCCUGGUCGUUCUUGCGUAAUCCUGCUGAUAGAUGGACAAACUGAAAACAUAUCUCCACCUUGGUGGAGAAAUAAGAAUUCUUCAUCUAUUUAUGGCUUCACCUACAUGACAUUGUUGUCCAAGGUGACGUUCCCAGGCAGUUGUUCCUAUAAAUGUGCCAUGAAUGAGGCAUUAUUACUUCAUGAACAGCACCUAGAAGUGAUGGUUUCACUUCGGCUCUCUAUGAAGGUUUUUCACUUUCUCUCCAACAUCAACUAACACCUAGCUUAUGGACAUAUGUAAGGUGCAUUUUGCCUUUAAUUAGAUAGUAGAAAGUAGAUGAAAUGGCUGUGACAUGCAAAGGUACCGGCACACAAAGAAACUAAUAUUACAAUCAAGUAAAAUUACUUUAAAUAGAAGUUGUUAUUAAGAAGAUGAAAUAUCUGACUAAGCCUUCAGUCCUAACUUGACAAUUUUUGAUACUCCGUUCGUCAAACACAUUUUGGUUGGUUUUUGCCAGCACCAUGAAUUGGCCUUCAGUGUCAAAAUCUGAUAUCUUAUUCUAACAGUUAUAUAGAAAGUAACCUGAGGUACCUUAACAGGGACACUUCUGAUCAGUCAUGAUAACAAAUUGGUAUCAUGACAGGUGGAUUUUAGCUAGAACUGUAAGACACCUUCAUCACUGGAGGUUAAAUUACACGACUAUGGUUGCAUAAACCAUGCAAGUUCUAGUCAACGCUGACUCGGUCCUCAUUAAAGGUUGUUCCAUGUAAUUUAACUGAUGCUUUUCCAGCUGCUGUAGUUGCUCUUAAAUCAGAGGUCGUUGUUGACCUUUACCAUGUAAAACCAAGUUGUCCUUUUGUUCUAUGUUUUGGUUAAUAAAAGUCUCAGAUUUAACAGAA